GGCAAACAUAAGCGGUUGAGCGUCUUUUUGUUUCAACAAUAUUUCAUCGACAAAACAGGACUACGUUUGAGCUUUCAAUUCCAUACCGUCACUUUCUUCAUUUUCUCCGAAGCCGAUGACCUCACAAGAUGUUCAUAACUGUACGGUUUGCAGAUGAUAAAACCGAACUUUUUAAUCCGAACUGUAGAAACUGCCUUCUGCUGAGCAAUAUCAAGGAGAGAUGUGAUUGCGAAGAUGAUGAUUUUAUUGACCUUUCUGAUGAGAGUGGCUCACUGAAAAAUCUUCAAAGUCAUCCCCUGGAUUACGGGACAAAAUAUUUGAAUGAAAGAGAGAUUCUCAUUCUUGUAAAAGGAGAAAAAACAGAAGGAGAUAAUAUGACGUUUGUGCCUCUGUUGGAGGGAAUGGAAACGAAUAAGGCGUUCCUAGAGCGGCUAAAUCCACCACCACCAAAACCCGAGAAAAUGCGCUCGCCAACAAGAGACUCGCCGAGCAGGCUACAAACUGACGGAGCACGUGGGAAAAGAGCCUCACUAGCGCCAAGGCCUAAACAGGGUCAAUUAGCACCUCCAGUUAGCUCAUCACGAGGUCUGUCCCCUGGGAGGAGGGGCAGUAGAAUGAGGAGUCAGAGCGUGCAACUCGCCCAAGCUCCACUUAGUGCCUCAUUUAAUGGCGCAAGACGGGCCCGAUAACAUGUGGAAAUUUAUUGGAGCUUCAUUGAGCGACUUCGAGUCUUCGGCGUGGAAGGCGUCGAGCACCAUUCCAUAGAGGCCUGGAUCAGAACAAAGUUUUUGGGCGUAAAUGUUUCAAAAUGGAAUGGUGAAACUUUCUUUUGUUUAUUUGGUGACGUUGAGUCAAACAAAUAACGUGCCUGAAUUCCCCAUAAAAGACUGAUAAAAAGGAUUCGUCAUCCUUCAUGUUCUUUUUUUCAUGAAGAAGUAACGUAACAUUCAAGAACAAUAUAACUUGAGUUUCAUUUGGUAAAGUAACAGACUAAUGCAAACUGAAAGAUCACCUUAGCUUCCUCUCUCCACUUUUCCUUUCCUAAUUACAAGACAUUUAAAUAUCCUUAUCACCCUAAAUAACGCACGCUUACACGAUAUAUAUCAAUAAAUAUCAUAAGUGACAAAUAAAUAACUUGAGUCCUGUUUUGCAGUAUUUCUAUCUAUUCAUUGUACUUUAUGUUCUGUAUAUAAUUUAUGUAUUUACAUGGUUUCAUCUGCCACCGUAUAAACAUUUCAUUUUGUCAGGGCUGAACAUUUUGGAGAAAAAUUAUCUAACGAUAAUUGUCUAUCGAGAGGUUAUUUUGUUGUUUUGGAACAAAAUUUCGAGGUUAGUGACCCAAAAAUUGACUCUUCAUACAGUGAUUUCCUUAUUGCACUUUUUCGGUCUACGAAAUGUAAGAAUCUCAAAAAGAAAAAGAAUAAACUGCUGGCAUCGUUCAUUGUGAUAGUGUAUAAGGCCAUGGCCAGAAAUAUUCGCCAGUAGGUCGGUAGGUUAAACAAAAGAAAAAGCUGAGAAUCAAAGAACUACGGACGUGUGAGUAUUACGGACAACUCACUUGGUCCUGAAGAAUAUCCAGAGUUCAUAAAUUUUCUUUAUCUCUAUACUCAAUACGGACACCUCCAUAGAACAGACACUAUACGCUCGAGACCUUCUGUGUCCGUAUUAAGGCCCAAUCAAUCAAGCCUUGAUUAUAUCUGGCCUGUGAUCCAUUUUCAUACGAGCCAAAUUUGUUCGGUUGGGCGAUGAGAAACUAAACAUUUUAUAGCGCCGACCGAAGAUAUAUAUUAUUACCAUGAAAA